UGCAGCCCAUCCCGCUGGUCUCGCUCACGGUCACGGGAUACCCCACGCGACGAACACAACACCACUACGGCCAAAAGCGAAGCAAGAAACUCAUCUUUCCCUUUCCACCCCCUUCCCCAUUCCACCGUCCGGCAGGCAGAGGCCAGUGCGCUCCACCGGCCCCUCGCUCCUUGUCGCUGCUCUGGAUGGCUACUGCUCCCAACAUCGAAAUGAUCGCCUCUUCGCUGCGCAACUGUUCCCUCAACGGCGGCGGCCGGCGGCCGGGCCGGCGCCACGGCCACGGCCACGCCAGGGGCGCUGAGGACAGCAACGACGGCGAGGGCGUCACCGUCGAGCUCAACUCCGACGUCGCCCUGCCCUACCACUGGCAGCAGUGCCUCGACAUCCGGACGGGGCAAGUGUACUACAUCAACUGGGAGGACGGCACCCGGACUACCAUCGACCCUCGCACGCCGUCGCUUUGCUCCGCCUUGUCAACGCCGCGGUCCACCUGUUUCACUUCGCACCGCGCAGCCUUCACUUCGUCGUGCAGCUCUGGCUACACCUCCCCGGCGUCCAGCGUCACCGGCGGCAACGGCUACGGCUAUGAUGACAGCAACGGCUAUAGUGAAGGCAACGGGGACGAUGAGGAGAGCAGCAGCAGCCGGAGCUCCAGCGUUUCGUCCGUGCUCUCAUCUUUCUCCCCCACCGACGAGCCCGCCUCCAGCGACAAUGGGCACGCCGCCAGCCACGUGCUGAUCGCGGUCGGGUGCAGGGCGUGUUUCAUGUACUUCAUGGUGCCCAAGAGCGUCGGCCUGUGCCCCAAGUGCGGCAGUUCCGGCCUCCUCCACGUCGGAGCCUCUUACGCCUGAGCUGCGAGCCUGCUACCAUCUGUUCCCCGUGAGUCACUACCUGCGAGGCGUGGUGCAAUUUCAUCGCUGUGCAAGCUCUGUCAUGGACUACUGAAGAAAAAGUUUUGUGCGAGAAGCUCCCCUAAAUCGUUGCCACUGAUUUCUGAUUCCUAUGCUUGUGUGGCAAUGUACGGGACAAGGGAAGGAAAGAGACCCAUGUCCUUGCUUUCUCUUUGUCCUUGUUUGGGACUCGACGACACAGACUAAAAUUCCAUCCUUCCAUUUUAAGAGUGAACAUUUAUGCUCUACUUAA